AUGUCCCCUACACUCCCAUUCCGCGAUAUUAACCUGAUGGUUUCGCCCUCUCACUAUGCUUUCCGCUCAGCUUCUUCGUCCUCUGCGCCUACGCUGGUUGUUGAGCGUCCAACCGGGGAUCUACGGCUGGAGAAUGCCUCUGCUCAUGGUGCAAAACGUGUCUCCAGCAUUGCUGGAAUCCUCGGCAUGAUCAAACUGAAACUAGACAAGUACAUUAUCGUGAUUUCGAAGACACGGCCGAUGGGCAGGCUGCGAGGCCACAUGGUUUAUAAAGUCGUUGCAACUGAAUUCCUUCCUCUGAGAGAACGACCCCUCCAUGACCCGGAUGAAGAUGCGUACCUCAACUUGCUCAAAAAAUUCCUACGGGCGGGCCCCAUGUACUUCUCCUACUCCCUAGACAUCACCAACAGUUUCCAGCGUCAGUCCCAAAGCGAUCCGUCGGUUCCAUUGUGGAAACGAGCAGAUGAUCGAUUCUUCUGGAACAGGUUCAUUCAAACAGAUUUGAUAGACUUUCGCUCGGGAGUGGGUGAUGGAACCGGUGUGCGAUAUGGUCAACUAUCGGACGUGGAUCCGUUCAUUCUACCCGUCAUGUUCGGGAUGAUGAAUAUAACCACAACUAGAAUCAAGUCUACGCCGUUCACCUUUGCGCUGAUAACACGAAGGUCUAGGCAUCGAGCUGGUACCCGGUACUUUUCCCGCGGAAUCAAUGAGCAGGGAAAUGUUUCAAACUACAAUGAAACCGAACAAGUGAUUAUCCUGAAUGACUCCACCGGGGGGAUGGCAGGAUUCGGUGGUACUGGAAUGGAAAAUGGAAAGGCUGGCAGCCAUGCUGGUAAAGACCUGCAGGUAUUGUCGUUCGUGCAAACCAGAGGUAGCGUCCCGUUGUACUGGUCAGAGGUGAACAACUUACAUUAUACCCCGCGUCUCCAAGUACGUUCAGUGGACGCUGCGUUGAACGCUGCACGAAGACAUUUCUCAGAACAAAUACGUAUCUAUGGCGAGAACUACUUGGUCAACCUGGUGAACCAGAAAGGAAGAGAGGAGAGGGUCAAGAACGGCUAUGAACAGAUGAUACGCACAUUACUCACAUCCUCCACCGAGAAAAGAGUCGCCGAUGCAUUUUCUUCUGAAAAACUGCACACUGUUGAGCCGACUCAGAAAGCUCAGGAAAUGGAUCGCCUUCACUAUGUAUACUUUGACUUUCACAACGAAACAAAGGGGCUAAAGUGGCACCGUGCUGAAUUGUUGCUGGAAAGGCUUACUGACGGUUUACUAAAAGGCCAGUAUUUCCGUGGAAUCGAAGCGCCUGGAAAUAGUACUGGUCCCUUGGAAAUCCGAACGCUACAAACCAGCGUUGUACGCACAAAUUGCAUGGAUUGCCUGGAUCGAACGAAUGUUGUCCAAAGCAUGCUUGCUCGGUGGACUUUGACACGCCAGCUCGUUGACGCUGGGGUUCUCCAACCAGGAGAGUCAGCCAGUAAUGACCCGGAGUUCGAAUUCCUAUUCCGCAAUAUAUGGGCAGAUAAUGCAGACGUUGUCUCCAAGUCUUACUCGGGUACCGGAGCCCUGAAGACUGACUUCACUCGAACUGGCGAGCGGACAAAGGCGGGUAUUCUCCAGGAUGGCAGAAAUUCAAUCACUAGAUACGUCCGGAACAACUUCCUGGAUGGCCCAAAACAGGACGCCUUUGACCUUUUCCUUGGCACCUAUUUACUGUCCGACUCUACUGCCGGAGAUAGUCUUCUUUUGACAGAUAGAAGACCUCUGGCUAUUCAGUCAAUCCCAUAUGUGCUCGGCGCGAGCAUCUUCUUGAUUCUUAUUGCUCUAUUCAGUCGCCGUCUCCCGGAUUCAGCAGCCUGGCCAUUGAAGAUAUUCCUAAUAGUUUGGCUAGGAGUUGCAGCAUGGUGUAUGCGAUUCAUAUAUGCCCACGGGAUGCUUUAUGUAAACUGGCCCAAGCUCAACACACCCGCGGCGGCGGUGGAGGGCUAUCUAGAUGCCCUGGGUCGCGCACGCAACGAUAAAAUCAUUGGCCAAUUCAUUCCCGCCGGGAGACAUCAGCGCGGAUUCAGCAAUGCACGCUAUCAUUGGUGUCGGCGUCCUAGAUUCGGCUCUCCUGGCCAUGCCAAGCCAUCUGUACUACGUAUACUUUUAAUCUAUCAACCGUCGCCCAGAAAACUUCAUUCCAAAACCAUUCACAAUAUAAGUAUUGAUCCAACCCCAAUGCGUACGCCCCUCAGAGGGCGAUUGAAUCUCAGACCUCAAAGGUUUCAACUCCCGGCUCGGUUAUUUACGAGGAGCUUUGUGAGAAUGGCUCGCAACUAUGAGGACGCCAUCGCGGCGCUUAAUUCUCUUCAAUCGAAUUUCUCAAUCGUCAAUGCGAUCCGGCAAGCGGGACGGAAUAUGAACCUCCGGGCCAUACCUGAGAUGAUAGAGUGGUGUCAGAAGAUAGGAUAUCAGCCGUCAGAACUCAACCGGUUGAAUCUAAUUCACGUCGCGGGAACGAAAGGAAAAGGAUCAACGUGCGCAUUCAUCUCCUCGAUUUUGAGCCAAUACUUACGAUCCGCAUCCGAAUCCCCAUCCCCGGCAGAUACCGAGCGGCCAAAGAUCUCAAAGGUCGGCCUGUACACAUCCCCGCACCUCCGCUUCGUCCGCGAGCGCAUCCAAAUCAACAACGAACCUCUCUCCGAACAGCAGUUUGCGAAAUACUUUUUUGAGAUCUGGGACAGGCUGGAGGUGGCUGCCAAAGCCAAUGGUAUGGAUCCGGAAGAUCCAGCAUCAAAGCCUGUCUACUUCCGUUUCUUGACGCUCAUGGCCUUUCACGCAUACGUUUGCGAGGGGGUGGAUGCCGCGAUUAUCGAAUGUGGCAUUGGUGGCGAGUACGACACCACGAAUAUUAUCGAUAAACCAGUUGUAACGGGAAUAACGAGCUUGGGAAUUGAUCAUCAGUCAAUGUUGGGGAAUACCAUUGAGGAAAUCGCGUGGCAUAAGGCGGGGAUCAUGAAGAAGGGCGUCCAGUCGUUCACGGCUCCGCAGAUCGAGCAGGCCAUGGCCGUGCUGAAAAAACGCGCGGUGGAAAAGGGGGCAGAACUCCAUGUCGCGACUAGCCAUCCGGAGCUGACGCCCGACAAUCCAACGGCUGUGCGGUUGGGUCUGUCAGGGGAAUUUCAGUAUACAAAUGCAAACCUUGCCAUUGCCGUCGCCGGGUCCUUUCUGAGAUCCCGAGGUUUCGCAGAUAUCCCAGCCAAUCUGAACAGUCUAACCCUACCUGACAAGUUUAAACGUGGCCUGGAAACAACCAAACUAGGAGGCCGCUGCGAAACGCGCCGAGAGAAGAAUAUUGCUUGGUAUAUCGACGGUGGCCACACACUAGAAAGUAUAAGGGCAGCGGGGAAAUGGUUCGCUUGCCAACAGCGUGCCGCUGCGGGAUUACCAGCGCCAUCAUCUUCCUCAAAAGACUCAAAUCCAAGCCCCCGCAUCCUCAUCUUUAAUCAGCAAACCCGCGACAGCAUCGGUCUCGCCCGUGCCCUCCACAGCACCCUCUCCUCUGCUAGCCUCACUUUCACCCACGCCAUAUUCUGCACAAACGUAACCUUGAAGCAAGCCGGCUACAGACCCGAUCUCGUCAGCAUCAACACAGAUGCAUCGGACGUCGAGGCGCUGAAAGUUCAGCGAGCGCUUGCGGGUACCUGGCAGGAGUUAUCGCCGUCGACGGAGGUGCUUGCGAAAGCUACGAUCGAAGAAGCUGUGGAGGUUGUUAGGGAGAUUGCAAAAGCGAGGGAACAGGAGGAUGAAGCAGGGGGUGAGGCUGCAGUAUCUGCUCUUGUGACUGGGAGUUUACAUCUUGUUGGUGGACUUUUGGAGGUUUUGGAGACGACGGCGGCUAGUUGAAUUGGGACGACUAAAACUGUUAGGAAAAUGAGAGUGGGUGCAAUCGGAGGUGGUAGCAGAUGGUGAAAAUAAUGAUACUUCGAGUUACAGUUUCAUUUUCUUGAACGUGUUAUUCGGGGCGAGCUUAUCGGACUCUCUUGGCCUCUGUCGGGCAUACCUUACCUUUGGUCAUUUGCUUUUUCGCGAAGCAUUUUCAACAAUCCCUCCCUUCUUUUUUGCUGCUUCAUUUCCUAUGCGAUACCUUCAACGGAGCCCCCCAGCGCUGUACAGGAUGCAACUUUACUGCUUUCUGCAGAGAUCACUUUUUGUAGCACUUCUACUCCACGUUGAUGGUCUCGGGUCCUUUCAGCGGCAUUCAAAUUGUAUAUUAUGAGAAAAUUGGCCCCAUCCCUGGAUCAUUGCCCCAGAAAGGGAUAUAGAUGUUACAUGUACAACAUAUCUACUAUAUCGUAUGUGACGGACAAUAGAAACUACCAGCCCCUAUGGCAAAUGUACUCCUAUAAAUUCCCCGUCCGGUUUGUGAAUAUCUGUAUUUAUCAUUUUUCGCACAUGUUUCUGCGCUAGGUCCUCGAAUCCAGCAGAAAUGCUGUUGAGCAAACGAACACAUAUAGAUCGAGUGGGCGAUGAAUCAAAACAAAGUUGGUUGCUGACAAAGCCCAGCGUGAACAUUGGUUGGGACAAAGCU